AUGCGCAUCGCUAUUGUGGCACCUCUUUUUGAAUGCGUCCCACCAUGCCAAUAUGGAGGAACAGAAAGAGUCGUCCACUUCAUUGCCGAAGAACUAGUCCGCCUUGGCCAUACAGUUACCUUGUACGCCGCACGUGGAAGCAAGACCUCCGGUCAAUUGAUUGAGUGCUGGAAUGGGACAUUUCGAGAACACGGGAUAGGAGAUGACGCCGAGGAAACCAGGGAUCCAUAUACAGCACAGCUGAAGCUAGUCAUGUCGGGAAAGACUCCUCAUGAUAUCGUCCAUAUUCACCAUAACACCCAUGCUUAUCAUCCCGCAGUUCUUGAAUCUAUCAAGACUAUUCCGAUCGUGUGGACCGAUCACAACGCCGUACACAAUGACAACAAGCCCGUGAUUUUCAAGUCACUGGCUAGGCUCGACAUUGGACUGACUGCUCUAUCAGAAUCGCAUAGAAGCACCGUCCCAGACGCAAACUGGUUGGCAACAAUCCACCAUGGUCUUCCUGCAAACAUGUUGACUCCGAUGAGAGUCGCUCCUACCUAUCUCGCAUUCCUGGGGCGCAUUGCUCCCGAAAAGGGUAUCACGUCUGCAGUCAGGAUUUCGCAAGGGGUAGGCCUUAAACUCAAAGUUGCAGCCAAACUUGACAAUAUCAAUCAAGCCUUCUAUGAGAAGGAGGUGAAACCUCUCUUUGCCACAUCCGAGGUGGAUUUCAUCGGCGAGAUCUCGGAAGCAGAGAAAAGUCCAUUCCUGAGCGCCGCUAUCGCCCUUGUCUUUCCCAUUUGUUGGCUGGAGCCCUUUGGACUUGUCAUGAUCGAAGCAAUGGCAUGCGGUUGUCCAGUCGUAGCCUUCAGAGUGGGAUCGGUUUCUGAAAUCGUUGACCACGGUGUGACAGGAUUUGUUGUUGACACCGAGGAAGAGGCUAUAGAUGCUCUACGACAGAUCAAAAGGCUUGACCGAACACGUAUCAGACAACGGUUCGAAGAGAGGUUUACCUCCUCCAUCAUGGCGAAGAAGUACGUGGACGUUUAUGAGCGCGCGAUAAAACAAGCCAAUGCGCUCCAGGAGGCUAAAGCGCUUGAACGGGCGAGUGCGAUCCAAGUAGCCAACCUUCGCAAGCGUCCUGGCCUUCUCUCUACGGACCUCCGCUCGCUAUCAUUCCAAGGGUCUUUCCCCCUUCAGCACCUUCAUCAACCUCAUUCUACUGGAUCCGCAAGUACACUCCUAACCUCUACUUAG